AUGGAGGCGUUGCUGUCCCUCGCCUUCGACAACAUUGCGUCCAAGGAAGCGCAGAAGAUACGGAAGGGGCUGCGGCAGAUUGAGGGCAUGCUGGCUCAGAUCUGCCUGUCGAGCGGGAAGUCCACAUCAUCCAAACCAGGCCAUCGACGGAACCAAUCUGCGAUAAACCUUGGCGAGCAACCGCAGCCAACACCAAAAAAGUUGGGACAAUUGUCAGAAGACCCGGCAUUUAGGGAGUUCUUCCGGUUACAGGAGGGCUUUGAGUGGAAUGUUGCAUUGCGCGUCGCAGACUGCCUCGAGCGACUGUUGGGCAUGACAAGCAGUAAGGACGGUCAAAAUGAUCUCUUGAUCCUCUCUUCGCUCUCCAACCUGCAAGGGCUGCUCCUUCUGCAUCCUCCGUCGCGCACCAUCUUCGGUCGCGAAAACAAGAUGAACCUGCUGCUGGACCUCCUGGACCCGUUCAAUUGCCCGGCGAUCCAAUCCGCGGCCCUCCUUGUUCUCGUCACAGCAUUGCUAGCUACGCCCCAGAACACACGAAUCUUCGAGCAGAUGGACGGUCUGCUUACAGUGACGACCCUGUUCAAGGAUGAGGAUACCACGCAGCAAGUCAAAGUCAAGCUGCUAGAGUUUCUCUACUUCUACCUCAUGCCAGAAACUCCCGUUGAGCCCGCUAGCGCACCAAACACGCGAAGCCCAAGCAAGCUAGUCGGCGUUUUCGAGAGGCGGAGUAGUACAGUACAGGGCGACGAAGGCGGAGGCAACACGAAGAAGAGUAUCCGUACGCAACAGGAAAAGCAGUACGAGCUGAGCAGGUACCUGAACAACGUCGAAGGACUCGUACAAGAUCUGCAAGAGAGCGCGCCCUUCACAAGCGUGGCGGCCCGUUAA